UCCGUUGAACUCUCCACAGACAAGGCACUGCAGUUCAGCGAAUCUUUUCUUGCUUGCUCGCAACUUCACUCUCUCCAUCCUCGGCCCUUGUAUUGUUCGACCGGGCAGCGGUGAAGUCAGCAUGACGUCAUCUAGAUAUGCGAUAGUCUGGCAAGGUGAAACAGAGUUUUGGUGAGUGGUUUUCUCCACGGCCUGCGUUGCCUACAGAGAGAGGCGCGGAGCUGCAAAACAUGGUAAUCAUCACCGCCACCACCUCAAGCUCUGCCGCGCACUCUCCUAUUUCUACCCCUCUGCACCGGGGCUCUCGUUUCAUACCCAGAGUUCAGACUUGCGUUCCAAAAAUAAUCCACUGCCAGCAUGCCGAAGGAAGAAAAACAAGAAGAGUGGUAUUUUUAGGGCCAUUAAUUUUGACCACGUGCCCCGAAGGUAAACCGGAAGGCCAUUGCCCAAAGGCUCCUCAUCAGUAUGUCCUACGAGGCCAGCACGCACUGGACGUUGACUGCGAUUGUUCUCUUGGGGUACCUAGUCGGGAUUGUGUCAUCAUAUCCUAUUCCAAGCAGGACAAAUGCAACUUUAUUGGAGAAAAGAUGGGAGACCCUCUUCUCCCGCUCCAUUCUGGGAAUCUCGGGGGAGAGAUCGGACCUGAACUGGGAGAGUGACUAUUUGCUAGGUAUCAAAAGAGUGCGGAGGCUCUACUGCAACGUGGGCAUCGGGUUUCACCUCCAGGUCCUCCCAGACGGCAGGAUAAAUGGUGUACAUAAUGAAAACCAGUACAGUCUAUUAGAGAUCUCAACGGUAGAGCGAGGAGUGGUUAGCUUGUAUGGUGUGAGAAGUGAGCUGUUUGUCGCAAUGAAUGGCCGAGGAAGGUUAUACGGAACGACAGUCUUCCAUGAUGAGUGCAAGUUCAGAGAGAGCAUGCUUCCAAACAACUACAACGCCUAUGAGUCUUCCGUUUACAGAGGCUCCUACAUUGCUCUCAGCAAACAUGGCCGUCUGAAGAGAGGCAAAAAGGCCACCACUGCCAUGACUGUGACACACUUCCUCCCCCGAAUAUGAGCAAAACUGGCAGGCAAUAACUCACUUAUUUGCACAUGUGGAUUGUUGUCCAGGUAACAUUAUACUGUAUACACCAAUACAAAUGGAUUGAAAAAGAAAGAAAUACCACUAUAUGAUAAUAUUUAUUCAGUCUUUAUAUGUAUAUUUCGGUAGCUUACUUUGUAUUAGAACUUACGGAUAUGCCAUUAAUUGCUGCUUAUUAUUUUAUCAGUAUUGUAUAAGGGGUGGAGAAGCUUCAUCUGUCCCCUUCACUUUGAAUGGGUGCUUGCCAUACAUAAAUGGUGGAGACCUUGCCCUGUCAGUAGAUGACAGCUCAUCUCAGCAUCUAGAAGUGAAAUGGAUACUUUUUUAUUACCUCAAAGCGCCAUUUCCCGAAUGAAAUAAUGUGUGCAUGAUAUUUCUACUGAGAAGAAUGCCUGUUUACUUUGAACUUUUGUCAUUAUCCAUCAAGAACUAAACAUUUUCCUUAAUCUGUGUCAACAUUAUAUCAUUGUCUAGUAAGGGCAACUAGAGCACUCACCAAAUAUUUGUUUCCUUGCUUUGUGAUGAGGGGGUGGUUGCCUUUGAUUCCUACUUGUGGCUUCUUCCCUUGCAUGUGAGAAACGCUCCCCUCAGUCAGAAAUAGGGAUGACACGCAAGUCAUCACUCCCUCAGUGACUCCGGGGGGCUUUAGCCCAAUUCCUAGAGGGCCAAAAGUAUCUUCAGUUUAUUUUCUUUCCAAAUUUAGAUCAGUUAAGUAAUUGAGACUGUGUUGGACAGGACGGACCCCUCAGGAGCUCACAGCCAUUGAUGUGGGAAGCUAGAACUGGAGACCCACCAUGCUAGGAGAACUUUGACAAUCCUGUUUUUUAUGAGGCU